AUGAGCGCUACCAUGACCAUGACCGCCGCGCCGCUGCCGCCGCCAACUCUCUCCCUCUCGACGGACCAUUCCGAGCAGCACUCCUGCCCGUCCUGCGGCGUCGUCCUCGAGGCCCCUGCCUCUCUACUCGAAGCUCAGGCCCGCAUCGCCGACCUGGAGGCUCAGGUGCGCCUGCUCAACCAAAAGGCUGCCGCUGCCGUCGACCGCUGGGCCGACUAUGAAGACGAGCUCACCCGCCUGCGCAUCGCCGCCUCCCAAACCCCCGCACCAAUGCCUAGUCCCUCGCCUACACGCACGUCGUUCCUGUCGGGCGGCGCGAACAGGUUGUCACAGCUGCUGAGUCCGAGGGGGAUGAAGAGCACACCGAACCUGCGUUCGCCGACGCCGCCCGCGCCGGGAGACCCCGCUACGACGGAGGACUUGUUGGAGGCGCUCAACCGCGAGCAGAAUCUAAGGUUGGCCGCCGAGUCAAGGUUAAGCACCACGAGUCAGGAGGUCGAAGAAUUGAGUGUGAGCUUGUUUGAGCAGGCAAACGAGAUGGUUGCCACGGAGCGCCGAGCGAGAGCGAAGCUGGAGGAACGGGUCGAGGUACUUGAACAACGGGAGAAGGACAAGAAGCGAAGAUUAGAGAGACUGGAAGGAGCCGUUGGGCGGAUCGAGAGGGUGAGAUCUUUAUUGGGAGAGGUGAAGGCUGCGGAGGCCGAGCGGCCCGUGGGAGGCCUAGAAGUAGGGGAGCCCAAGAGGGAAUCUCAGUCGACGACCUCCUCAUCACAAUUUUGA